AUGGCACCUUUCAAUAAAUGCAAAGUCGUGCUAGUGUUGGAAUUCAACUGGAUUCUAUACUAUGUUGGUCAUGCUGUAGACACCUGCAAAGUUACCAUAAGACAACACCCAUUUAAGGAAGUAGACUACAGUGUCGACACUGUGAACAUAACAUGCAGUUUCUCUCCUUCCGGAUGUAAAGGCUCCCCUCAAAUGCUAUGGUUUCGCUAUCGUGAUUUUACACAUGAGGCUUUGUGUACACCUGGAUGCAUAGAGAAGUUCGAAGUGAUUGGACCACUGUCCGAUAAUAAUGCUUUACUUCAAAUCAACAAACUGACUGUAAACGACAGUGCCAUUUAUAUCUGUGGAAUAGCAUUUUCAAAUUCAGAUUCACACACAUCUAAGCAAACCGGGGGAGGAACGAUAUUGGUGAAAAGAGGGUCGGAGAAGUACAGCACUGAAGAAUACAUCCCCAUGAUAGUCCUCUCAUCUUUGCUGUUUCUAUACAGCACUACCAUAUUUGCAAUCUUUAUAUUCUACAAGUCAAAAUCCAAACUGGUAAAGAAAACCAGGAAAGGAGACGUGAAAGGAGAGCACCAUAAAAACACGAGUGGGCGAACAGUUUGUCGAGCAAUUGUACAAGAACUGUACAAGAAGAGAUAUGCUGAAGACCAUCAUCAGCCUGAGUGUUUGGAACCAGAUGACACCAUCUAUCAAAACAGAUGA